CUGAGGGCGCUUAUAAGGCCCGGAGCUGGGGAUCUCAGCAUCAGUCGCUUGUUGCAGCCGUCCCAGCACCACAGAUCUGAACACCACAGAGCCAUGCAGCUGUUCGUCUUCGCUACACUGGUGGUUGCGGCUGUGGCUGCUCCGCAAAACUACAACAAUAAUCAGUUCGUGAGCUCUGGACAGCCUGAGAUCCGCAUUCUCAGCCAGAGGUUCGAUCAGGACCCCAACACUGGAAGCUACGAGUACAGCUACGAGCAGGACAACGGUCAGGCGGUGGCUGAGACAGGUCAGGUGUAUCCUGGACCUGAGCCAGAGACCGGCAGUCUCACCCAGCAGGGCAGCUACCAGUUUGUGGGCGAUGACGGCAACACCUACCAGGUCAGCUACGUCGCCGACGAAGGAGGCUUCCAGCCGCAGGGCGCCCACCUGCCAGUGGCGCCCGCCCAGAUCCCGGAGUACGAACAGCUGAGGAUUGAACACCCCGAGCUGUUCUGGGCAGAGCAGCAGCAAUACGUCUAGAAGUACCGCGUGUUCAGGCCCUCUGAUAGUAACAUCAACCCAAGUUAACGUUUGUAGGUGGCGUGCAGCACGGAGCGCUCGCUACAUUCAAAUGCGUUUAAUGCAGGCUACGCGAACAAACUACAGGUUUAUUAAGGAAUAAGAUGGUGAAAUUUGUAUGCACAUCCUUUUUAUACACUCCUGUGGUUCUCUUCUGUGCGGUCGUGCUGUACGCCUACAGAUACUGUUGGUGUUUGCUCAAAUGCCUUGUAUGAGUACUGUAUAAUGACUUUGGGCAAUGCAUGCUAGUCU